UUCUUAUCUUUACCAUAGAAGAAGUCCUUCCUCCACACGUGGCUCAAAAGCACAACAUGACGAAGCGAAGACAGAAAAAUAACUUCUUUACGAAACUGUCCAAAAAGCAGAAGAAACACUUGAAGGAAUUUGGAGAGGAGCACCCAUUCCACGAUGUAGUUACCGAAGGAUCUGAAAGGAUGGAAAUAGUAGAACUGCCACCUAGCCCAGAACAUUCACCCGUAGACCCAGAAGAGCAGGAAGAUGGGCAAGAAGACAAGGAACCAGAAAAGAAAACGCCCUAUCAGAAGCUACUUUCAACAAUGAACCAAUGCACACCUCAUGCAGAGGAGGAAAGCUCAGAGGAUGAAGAGGAAAUUCUAAGUAAAGAAGUCAAUGAUGAAGCUGAGGAUGAAAGUAAUAAUGAUGAAGAAGAUGUGAAAGAGCUGGAGGAACUUGCCAAUAGAGAAGCUGAGAAUGGAGAUUGCAAGUACCAAAACGAGGCUAAAGAAGAAGAGUUUGUUGACAAGGGGCAAGAGUUGGAGUUUUCCCUAGAUACCAACUUCCUGAACAGAAAAGAGCAGUGUGAAGCCGGAAACUUCACGCAGGAGGAAAACGGCAAAGAUAUGUUCCAGCAGCAUUUGUACACAGAGCUCACUGAAGAAGAUGUGCAGAAGAUAAUAUCUGACAGCAAAUCAAAAACACAAACUACGUUGGCAAGAAUGGGAACGCUUCUCUGCACCACUUUCCUUGAGAAGUUUGGGCAAGUUGACCUGCAGAAAGAUAGAAAUCUCCCCGUUUUCCACCCAUUUUUGAAAACCAGCUGGAAGGAUCUGAACCAACUAUCCGACCCUAAAGAAACACCCGAGGAGAUCAGCCCUCUCCAGCUGGAGUUACUGACCCUCAUGGCCUCCUACAAGGAUUUGUGUUACUCAGAGACCUGUCCACUUAAGCUGGGUCCUCAGGUCCGAAGUGCAUACUGCCUCCAUGUGCUUAACCACGUUCUGAGGGCCAACUCUCAAGUACUGUUGCACAAUGCGCAGGUGAGGGAGCGGAAAACAAAAUCUACAGUUGAGUGCCAAGAAGAACACAGAGACCAGGGACUGACCAGGCCCAAGGUUCUUAUUCUCCUUCCUUUCCGGAGUGGAGCUCUUCAAGUGAUUCACAUCCUUCUCAGUUUGCUGGAGACCAAAGGCAAGAAGAUUGUUGUGAGCAACAAGAAAAAAUUCAAGGAGGAGUUUGGCGAAGAUGCAGAUGAAAAGCCACCGAACCUCCACAGACCUGAUGAUUAUCACGCCAUCUUUGCUGGCAAUGUGGAUGACCACUUCAGGAUAGGAGUGUCCAUAGUGAGAAACAACAUGCGGCUCUACGCCCCCUUCUAUUCCUCAGACAUCAUCAUCACUUCUCCACUGGGGCUGCGCACCAUUUUGGGGGCAGAAGGAGAGAAAAAGAGAGACUUCGACUUUUUGUCAUCCAUCGAGCUGCUGGUGGUGGAUCAGGCAGAUGUCUUCCUCAUGCAGAACUGGGAACACGUCCUGCAUGUGUUAAAUCACAUAAACCUGCAGCCGCUGGACUCUCAUGGAGUUGACUUCUCCAGGGUGAGGAUGUGGAACCUGAACAACUGGGCCCGACACUAUAGGCAAACCCUGGUCUUCAGCUCCAUCCAGGACCCACAGAUCAACAACAUCCUUACCAAACAUUGUUCCAACUACAGAGGACAGAUUGCCUCUAAGAAUCUACCAAAGACGGGCUCCAUCUGUCAGGUGCUGGUUCAGCUUCCCCACGUGUUCCAAAUGUUUUCUUCUGAGAGCUUCAUUGAUCACGAUGCUCGGUUUCGGUUCUUUGUGGAUAAAGUCCUGCCUCAGUACAAGGACUCUGUUAUAUCCCACACUCUGGUCUACAUCCCAUCCUACUUUGACUACAUCCGAUUACGAAACUACAUGAAAAAGGCGGGGAUGAGCUUCACCAGCAUCUGCGAGUAUUCCAGUAAAUCGGAGAUUUCCCGAGCCAGACAUUUUUUCCUGAAAGGCGACAAACACUUCCUGCUCUUCACCGAACGCUUCCACUUCUACAAGAGGUACACCAUUAAAGGAAUCCAGAACCUUAUCUUCUAUGGUCUGCCGUCCUUCCCUCACUUCUACAGUGAGGUGUGUAACAUGCUGGCAGAGGGGGGUCCAGGAGGGGCGGCCAGCUGGACAUGCACUGCCCUCUACUCCAGAUAUGAUGCUCACAAGCUGACCGCCAUCACAGGAGGCCAGCGAGCGGGACAGAUGCUGCAUUUGAACAAGACUGUUCAUCUGUUCAUCACAGGGGAGGACAAGACCCUCUGAUGCUGUUAAUUAAAGGAACAACGAGCUGCUGAAUAUUACAAGCUUAUUAAAUGGCUUUCAUGUCUGGCAGUGUUUCCUUUCAGUCACAUCAAUGCAGCUUUGAAAAACCAAGUCAGACCAUAAUAAAAAUAGGUUUAUCAUUAAAGCAUCACUCACAAUAAAAAUGAGUUAACUAUUGAAAGUUUGUCCUUAUCUGUUAGGUUUAUAAAUGUGUCAGUGAUAAUGUUUCAUAAUAUGUGACCCACAAUAAAAGACAAGCUUAAAAAAAAGUAAGUGAUCACAAAGUGUAACGUGUGACCUCCAAAAAUUCAGUUAACUAUCAAACAUUUGUUUUUAAAAAUAAGGUAAAAACAUUUUGAACAAUUUAAUCUUCAUCAAACAUUUCAAGACCACUAAGUGUUGAAUAUUUACUUAGAAUCUAGUUUUAGUCUGUUGGUUUCAAAUCAGUCUUUUCUCCGUUUAAUGGUUUGUCUUAAUGUUAUUUUUAUUAGGGUCUUUUGCUGUUAAGGCUACCUAACUAUUGUAGUACGUGUGUUUUCAGUAAAUAAAUGUAAAACACCUUUCAUUCUGUUGCACACGUUUUCAAAGCCAAUUGUAAAAAUAAAUGAACAAUUCUAAAUGAUUAAAGAAAA